UGCUUUUCUGCUUAUAAAAAGAAGGCAUUCAUUUGUUUAUACUAAAACCGCAUAGACGUUCUGUUAGAGUGAGGACAUAUUCACCUAACUAAUUUACAAUUGAAUAACUCAACUCGCGUUAGAAUUACAUGGGAACUUGUGUUAACAACACUGUAUUACUAAAUUGAAAUUAUCGACACUUAUCGUGUUAUUAAUUCAAUAGAAGUUUGUUAUCUGCACAUUAAUAUCUAGAAUUUAGUGUUUUAUUAAAGUGUAAAAACGUGUUAACGCGAUGGUUAUAAAGAAAAUUUGCUGUUUAGGCGCGGGGUAUGUCGGCGGGCCGACAUGCAGUGUUAUAGCUCUGAAAUGCCCUAAUAUAACAGUCACAGUUUGUGAUAAAAGUGUCGAAAGAAUAGCUCAGUGGAACUCUGAUAAAUUGCCGAUUUACGAGCCCGGGUUGGAUGAAGUUGUACAGCAGUGCAGAGGGCGCAAUUUGUUUUUUUCAACCGACAUAGCUAAAGGUAUACAAGAAGCCGAUUUGAUUUUCAUAUCUGUAAAUACGCCGACUAAAGCAUUUGGUAAUGGCAAAGGAAGGGCUGCGGAUUUGAAGUAUGUGGAGGGGGCAGCCAGAAUGAUAGCCGAUCUGGCGACCAGUAACAAAAUUGUGGUCGAAAAAAGCACUGUUCCUGUUAAAGCUGCUGAGAUUAUCAUGAAAAUCCUAAGAGCAAACACCAAGCCAGGAGUAGAGUACCAGAUACUGUCGAACCCAGAGUUUUUAGCUGAGGGAACGGCUAUUGUGGACUUGGUGGAGGCAGACAGAGUCCUCAUUGGUGGUGAAGACACCAUUGAGGGCCAGAAAGCCAUUCAAGAACUGUGCUGGGUCUACGAACAUUGGAUUCCGGCGAAGAAAAUCUUAACAACAAAUACCUGGAGCUCGGAGUUGUCAAAAUUAGCCGCAAAUGCUUUCUUAGCUCAACGUAUUUCGAGUAUAAAUUCUUUGUCUGCUGUCUGCGAAGCCACAGGGGCAGAUGUGUCCGAAGUAGCACGAGCUGUUGGCAGAGACUCCCGUAUCGGACCGAAGUUCCUUGAAGCCUCAAUCGGCUUUGGUGGCAGUUGUUUCCAGAAAGACAUACUUAAUUUAAUCUAUCUGUGCGAAUGCCUGAAUUUGCCUGAAGUAGCAGCGUAUUGGCAGCAAGUAAUCAGCUUAAACGACUAUCAAAAAACCCGUUUCACAAGAAAAGUAAUCGAAUCACUAUUCAAUACGGUCACUGAUAAAAACAUAGCGAUACUCGGGUUCUCGUUUAAGAAAAACACGGGUGACACAAGAGAGUCUCCGGCAAUUCACGUUUGCAAAACAUUGUUAGACGAAGGAGCUAAGUUACACAUAUACGACCCUAAAGUUGAAAUCGACCAGAUAUUCUAUGAACUAACUCAUCCAUGUUUGACGUCUGAGCCAGAGAUAGUAAAGAAGAACGUCCUGAUACAUGAUACUGCUUACUCAGCUGUGUCAGGGACUCAUGCAAUAGUCCUUUGCACCGAAUGGGACGAGUUCAAAGACUUGGACUUCAGGAAAAUAUACGAAGUGAUGAUGAAGCCGGCUUACAUAUUUGAUGGAAGGAAGAUCUUGGACCACGAAGCGUUGCAGAACAUUGGUUUCCACGUUCAGACGAUUGGGAAGCGUCCGGCCAGGGCAAACAGCAUCCGGGCACAAGGCAGCCAAACCUACAUGAAUAUGUAAGUACAUCCUUUUUUUUAUU